CUUGCUGACACAGUAACCUUGUUUUGGUGUCUCAGUCUCACCGACAGUCAUCAAACAAGUGGCGUCUGGCUGUCGUGUCAUUCCAAUCGAGGGAAUCCCUUUGUACCGCGUGCCUUGUCAGCCAGGCGGUCACCUCUCGAUAUCAGCCAGAGAGAGAAAAAAAAGGAAAAAAGAUUAAAAGGGAGUCAAGUGUCUAUGCCCUUGCCUGUCACACAUCCGCGUUUCAGAAGGUCGUGGAUUUUUCAAAGCUAUCGGUAUAGAUAUCCCUUCCCCAUGACGCAAAGGGGCAAGGAACGAAGAAAAAAACGCUGUGCCUUUACAGUGCAGUAAACGCUUCGUCUGCGGCGGACGACGCUCAGCUGCUCGGCAAGAUGGGCGUGCUAUUGCUGGCUCAGGCCAGCCGCCGAACAUCGCUGCUCCAUGCCUCGCUACGCCCACUCCUCGCGCAGAGUUCGUCCUACUCGUCCACGCCAAACAUUGAGUACAAGCCCAUCAAAAAGAUCCUGGUGGCCAACAGAGGGGAGAUUGCCAUCCGAGUGUUCCGGGCAUGCUACGAGCUCAAGAUCGGCUCAGUGGCCAUCUACUCGGAGCAGGACAAAAUGCACAUGCAUCGGCAGAAGGCAGACGAGGCCUACCUCAUUGGCAAGGGCCUCUCCCCAGUGCAGGCUUACCUCAACAUCCCCGAGAUCGUCAGGAUCGCUCAGGAAAACCAUGUGGACGCUAUUCAUCCUGGUUAUGGAUUUCUCUCGGAGAGGUCAGACUUUGCCCAGGCGUGCAUAGAUGGCGGGAUUCGCUUCAUUGGACCGACGCCCAAAGUGAUGGCAAUGAUGGGCGACAAGAUUGCGGCCAGGCAGUCCGCCAUCUCUGCAGAUGUCCAGGUGGUUCCGGGGACGGACAAGCCCGUGGAGACGACGGAGGAGGCCGUGGCUUUCUGCGAGAAGCACGGGCUGCCGGUGAUCUUCAAGGCGGCGUACGGCGGAGGAGGGAGAGGCAUGCGGGUGGUCAAGGAAAUGAGUGAGGUUGAGGAGAACUUCCAGCGGGCAUCCUCCGAAGCCCUGGCUGCUUUCGGCAACGGUGCCAUGUUCAUAGAGCGCUUCAUUGUCCGGCCGAGGCACAUAGAAGUGCAGCUUUUGGGUGACAAGGCCGGGAACGUUGUUCACCUGUACGAGCGCGACUGCUCAGUCCAGCGGCGGCAUCAGAAGGUUAUUGAAGUCGCUCCUGCUGCAAAUCUUGACCCAAAGAUACGCGAGGCAAUGCUUACAGACGCAGUGCGUCUGCUGAGGCACGUGGGUUACGAGAAUGCAGGCACGGUGGAGUUUCUGCUGGACGAGACGGGAAAGCACUUCUUCAUCGAGGUGAAUGCCAGGCUGCAGGUGGAGCACACUAUCACCGAGGAGAUCACGGGGGUGGACCUGGUGCAAUCUCAGAUCAGGAUCGCUGAGGGAAGGACGCUCCCCGAGUUGGGCUUGGUGCAGAGCAACAUAACGCCCAAGGGCUACGCCAUCCAGUGCCGUGUCACUACUGAGGACCCCGCCAAGAACUUCCAGCCGGACACAGGCCGCAUAGAGGUGUUCCGGAGUGGAGAAGGUUUUGGCAUCCGAUUGGACAGUGCCUCGGCUUUUGCUGGUGCCAUCAUCUCUCCGUACUAUGACUCCCUGCUGGUGAAGGUGAUCUCGCAUGCACAAGACAUGAAGUCAGCUGCCAGCAAGAUGGACCGUGCCCUACGAGAAUUUAGGGUUCGGGGCGUCAAGACCAACAUUCCGUUCCUGUUGAACGUCUUCCAAAACGAGCAGUUCCUCAACUCUAACGUGGACACCUACUUCAUCGACGAGCACCCCGAACUGUUCCACUUCAUGCCGUCGCAGAACAGGGCCCAGAAGCUGCUCUAUUACCUGGGCAACGUGAUGGUCAACGGGCCCAUGACGCCCCUGGCGACGCCCCUCAAGCCGUCCGACCUCACCCCCGUCAUCCCCAUCGUCGAGCAAGGCGAGGAUGCAGUCACCUGGAGGCCCGGUUCCAAGCCCCCGCCAGGGUUGAGGGACGUGCUGCUGAAGCUGGGACCCGAGGGAUUUGCCAAGGCCGUGCGCAGGCACGACGGCCUCUUGCUCAUGGACACCACGUUCCGGGACGCCCACCAGUCGCUGCUGGCGACGCGCGUGCGAACCAUCGACCUACUGAACAUCAGCCCCUUCGUGGCGCAGAGCUUCAGCAAGCUGUACAGCCUGGAAAACUGGGGAGGAGCUACCUUCGAUGUGGCCAUGCGCUUCCUGCACGAGUGUCCCUGGGAACGACUGGAGCAGAUGCGUGCAAGGAUCCCCAACAUUCCUUUCCAGAUGCUACUUCGGGGCGCCAACGCAGUCGGCUACACCUCUUAUCCCGACAACGUUGUCUACAAGUUCUGUCAGCUGGCGAAAGACUGCGGCAUGGACAUCUUCAGGGUCUUUGACUCGCUCAACUACCUUCCAAACCUCGUGCUAGGAAUGGAGGCAGCCGGCAAAGCAGGGGGCGUUGUUGAGGCCGCCAUUUCCUACACGGGCGACGUCUCCAACCCGGAGCGGACCAAGUACAAUCUGGAAUACUACCUCAAGCUGUCCGACGAACUGGUGAAGGCAGGAACCCACGUCCUUUGCAUCAAGGACAUGGCGGGGCUGCUGAAGCCGCAGGCCGCGCGGCUAUUGAUCACUGCGCUGAGGGACCGCCACCCAGAUCUUCCGAUCCACAUCCACACCCACGACACGGCUGGUGCCGGCGUGGCGUCGAUGCUGGCGUGCGCAGAAUCCGGGGCCGAUGUUGUCGACGUCGCGGUGGACUCCAUGUCGGGCAUGACAUCUCAGCCGAGCAUGGGGGCCAUCGUGGCUUGCCUGCAGGGCUCCAAACACAAAACAAGGCUUUCGCUCGAGAGCAUCAGCCAGUACUCUGCGUACUGGGAACAGGCACGGACGCUGUACGCCCCGUUCGAGUGCGCCGUGACCAUGAAGAGCGGCAACGCCGACGUCUACGAGAAUGAGAUUCCCGGAGGGCAGUACACCAACCUCCAGUUCCAGGCCUUCAGCUUGGGGCUUGGCGAACAGUUCGAGAGCAUCAAGAAGGCUUAUCGGGAUGCGAACCGGCUCCUUGGCGACAUCAUCAAGGUGACUCCCUCGUCUAAGGUGGUGGGAGACCUGGCCCAGUUCAUGGUCCAGAACAAGCUGACGAGCCAGGACGUCUUGGAAAAGGCAGAAGAGCUUAGCUUUCCCAGCUCAGUGGUGGAGUUCAUGCAGGGGUACAUCGGCGAGCCGUACGGAGGAUUUCCAGAGCCCCUGCGCAGCAAGAUCCUGAAAGACACGGUGCGUAUCGAGGGGAGGCCGGGCCAGACGCUGCCGUCGCUCGACCUGGACGCUCUGAGGGUGAAGCUGACGGAGCAGUAUGGCCCGCGCAUCAAGGACGUGGACGUGAUGAGCGCGGCCAUGUACCCCAAGGUGUGCGACGAGUUCCUCACCUUCCGCGACACCUUUGGCCCGGUCCACCUUCUCGACACCCGUGUCUUCCUCGUGGGACCCCGGGUCGGCGACCAUUUCGAGGUGACGAUAGAAAAGGGCAAGACGCUGCACAUCAAGACCCUGGCCGUGGCGGAUGACGUCACUCCCGAGGGCGAAAGGGAGGUGUUCUUCGAGCUCAACGGACAGCUCAGGUCCGUCUUCGUCAAGGACCUGAACAUGAGCGAGGACAUCGUGGUGCAGCCCAAGGCAGACAAGAACAACCGAGGCAGCGUGGGGGCCCCCAUGCCGGGUACGGUGAUAGAUGUCAAGGUCAAGGAAGGUCAAGAGGUCAAGAAAGGCGAUGCCCUCGUGGUGCUGAGUGCCAUGAAGAUGGAGAUGGUGGUGCAAGCGCCCGUCGCCGGCGUCGUCAAGAAGAUCAUAGUCACCAAGGACAUGAAGCUGCAGGGAGACGACCUGCUUCUCGAGAUCGAAGAAGCCGCAUGAGUCACCAACUGGACUCGCACACCAGCUGCUGUCCCUGCCGCUCGCGUCAAGAGCGAGCGCAUCUGGUUCUGCAUUACUAUGGCACCGGAUUACCCUUUACUUCAUCCUGAAGCGCCGAGACGCGUUGCCACGUUAUGCCAUGCAAUUUGUUCGCCCUACACGCCGAGGGAAGCGACAGCGGCAAGCUUAGGGACAUGCUAAAAGCUCCUUGAGAAAGGACGCCAAUAGCGAACUCUGUCCUUAUUGACUUUUGAGGCGUUUUCUAUGCGCUACCUGCGUUAGAGAGCUUGUAGCAUUCCGAAGUACAGAAGUGUUGAUCUAGCAGCGUCACCUUCUAAAUCCAUGAACUCUAUUGGGGAAGAACGGUGUAUUCACCCAUCUCGGCAGACAAGCGAUUCGCUAGCUUUCCUCGCAGACGCGAAGCAAACAUUUUGUAUGUUUGUUAACUCGGCGUUUUGACGAACGUAUGUUCUUGUGUUCCACAGGUUGGCAACACUGAACUGUCAGCAAAGCUGUGUUUGUAUUGUAUGUGUGUAAAGCCGGCCAGUGUACUCGGUUUCCCUUUGCAACAAGUCGCAGCGGACGCUACGAGCCACAUCAGUCGGUCCAACGCUGUGAACGCGUCACGUGACACUGCAUCCCGUGCAUCACUGUGCCCUCUUCGAAGGUCACAGGAAGCUCGCACAACAUUGAAUAGGCUUUGAUGGCUCGUAGCAUCCUCCAUGAUCUACUCUAAGGUUAAACGGAGUAUAGUUGGCCUGGUAGCGUUACACCCCUAUGGGACGACAAUACGUUAAAUCCUUACCCACGGCCCAACUGCUUUGGCGUGCCCGUCACGUUUGUUCAUUUUCUGUGCGGCUUCUGCCUAAACAAUAUCCUUCCUCUAGAUCUUUUGCUGUAAAGAGAAUGUUCUUGUAAGCUCGUUAGUGCGACAGUUUCUUUCACGAAUCGAAGAAGAAAGUAUACUCUUUUUCAAGAGCAGAGUGGCAUUUUUUGUUUUUGUGUGGGCUGAUGCUCGUUUUGAGCAAUUAGCAACUGGUCUAGCAUGCCUGUACUGCUUGCGAUUCAAGGAGUCGACACAUUUCAUUUUAGCCUGGUUUUUGUUGGCAUGCACAUUUGUUAUCUUAGUGUUUGAAGAAUGUCUCAGCCAUACAAAGUUUACGAGAGGUUUCAGGAUGGCGUGGGCUAGUCAGGCUGCCUGUACACCGGUGUUUCCCCUCUUGCGAGAACGUUAGCAUUAGUUGUACAGGCAGAAAUGGUGGAUUGAGAGAGGCUAUGCGUGGAUGGAGAGACGGAUGGAAAUGGAGCCACCAGACGAGCUAUGCUUCGGGCAUCAGCACUCCGUCCCCCGAUUUGCUCGUGGGCACCGCCAUCUUGGUUCUUGUGCUGAGUGGGCGCAACCGGCGGUAGUUACAAUAGGUCUAUAGCUCUCAAGUUUUGAGCAGCGCUCCAAGCGAGCAAAUUAGAAUAUUUGGCUCGUGUUUCGAACAUGCGUAAAUAUGCUUCCCCACUACAGUUUUUUAUACUCCGUUUCAUUCUUGCCAGCGUAGCAGAGGCUACAAGAGCGAGCUCCGAGCUUUCGGCAUCCCUGCCAAGCACGUGCGCUCGUGCGGUGCGAGCAUCGUUCAGGAGGACAGGCUUUUGCGAGUAGCUUCGGCUUUGCUAUCACAUAAAGUGAAACAUACGUGGUCAUGGAAGCUAUGAAGAAAGCAAAGAUAAAAGGAAUGGUUAAUGGGACAGUGCAGCCGCAAGCUGUUUAUAUAUAUAUAUAUAUAUUUUUAGACGUUACUGCACAUUUACAGAUGCCGACAUAUGCUUGUAUGUGAACGUGGCACUUGCAAAAUCAAACGUUACAGCGCCACACGGGUGGUUCAGCCAGCAUAACAUGGUCGCGUCUUGCGCAAGUCUUCUGGACUUGCUCGCGCCUUCUGCCCCAGAGCAGCGGGUCUAUUUGAAAAUGUGACUUCCCGAGUUUUUGUACACAGUGCGAGAAAAGCUCGAAUGGUAAUGUCUUGCUCUGUCACAGACGGUCUUAAAACGUUUGGGAAGGACGGAAAACCGUACCCCGCAAUUUCAGAUGAAGCAGCUGGCAACAAUGAUUUUUAGCACCAAGAUGGAUCCAAAUCCAAAUUGAUGGCCUAAGAGUCGCUGCUCUGAAGUGUACCUUGUUUGGUGGCUCCAGACGGAUAAAGUCACACAAUGCUAUUUCCCCCUUUAUAGCUGCGUGCAGCAUUGUUCUGCCCUGCACAUUUCACUUCCCAUCAAACUGCACAUGUUGGUGCACACUUAUUUAUCCACGGGGGAAGGGUCGACGGUGUAUCCGUAAUUUUGCAUACUUUUUUUUUUAGAGUUCUGAACUUUACAAUGUCAUCUGUGUACUAACAUAUACUAGCCAAGACUUCACCCCAGGGAUCCUAGAUUUGUCAAACACAAAGUUGGGGCUGAAGUUUCUGGAGCACAUCGACUGGCGGCGAUGCGCGUUCGUCGCCGGAAAUCAAUCGACGCGCUCUGCGAAGUUUUGGCUUUGACGUUGUGCUCUAUGAAUCUAGAGCCCCAGCUCCCAAGCCAACUUCCUGGUGCUAAGUUUAUACAGGUCCAUACCGAUUUUCCAUGUGGAAAUUUUUAUGUGGUGCUCUCGUUUGGGAUCUCCGUCGUGUACACUGGUAUUUUAUGUUUACACCAACUGCUGUGUUGUAUACGUUUCAACGUGGCGCAGCGUACAGCGAUACUGCCGUGACGCGCAAAAGUUUCUUUUUUUUAUCUAGGCACAUUCUCGUCUUUUUUGUUUUUAGUUUUUUACACGAGAAACUGCCUAAAAACUCUUUAAAUAAAGCACAAUUUAAUGUUUUAUUUUCACAAGGUUAUAAAUUUUAUACAUAGUUUUAAACCAGCCAGCUUAUUGUGUCUUAGUGGGCAAUGUCGUAGAUUGCACCCGCUGUGCUAACUCUUUCCUCGGACACCUGUAAAAUCCAUAGUCGUGUCCAUAUAUCCCAACACUUUUGUGCUUUGCCCAAAAACGUUUGGAUGACCGAGUCAGGACUAGAAUACCGGGCAUGUUCCGUCCCUAACAAAAACGGUGCGGUGAAUCCUAACUUUGAGUGUUGCAUGUAGGUUGUGCGGCGAAUGUGAAGCGCCCUGGAUAUAGCAGCUCCACAGCUGCUCUAACAGGCGAGGCAUGAUAUUUCUGGUCUUUCACUGAAAGUCUUCCACGAGAUAUGCGACAGAGAGAUAAGGAAAAGGUACCUCUGGCGGACAAUGCUAGCUGAAGCGCCCAAUCCGGCCUUUUUUUGCGUCUGCGGUCCCCGCAGUCUCUAUUCUCUCUCAAUUAGUCAAAUAGUCCGAAAUAUGGAACCUUGACUUUGCAUUCCAUUCCUGGUCCACACCGUGGCUCCUCCAAAUUCUUGCUGGUAUGCCAAAGAAGCGCGAAAGUCUGUUUUGGCUUGCAUUGUCCGCGAUAGUACACAUCGUAUUAAAGCGCUUUAUGUAGGCUGGUGAUAGAAACAGAUUUUAUCUGUUAGUUUUGCAGUGUUACUGUUGAGCACGUAUAUAUACUUAAAUAAAGAAAUUUUCGUGCUUGUC